GAGAAAAAGCAUUCCAUAUCAGAGUUUAACUUUUCAACUUUGAUUAAAAAAAUCACAAAACUUGCACCAAUGGCUGCCAUGAACUCUAGUGUCCUGGCUUGUAGCUAUGCAGGAUGCUCUGACCUCAAUGCAAAGCUCACUUCCAUGCCUUCAGUUGCAUUACCACCAAAUGUCUCUUCUCACAAAUUGCCUGUGAUCAAGGCACAGGCAAGUGAUGGAAGGAGAGGUGCCCUUGUUUUCUUGGCAGCUACCUUUUUCACAGCUGCAGCUUCAAAUUCUCCUGCCAAUGCUGGUGUCAUUGAACAAUACCUUGAAAAGAGCAAGGCCAACAAGGAACUGAAUGACAAGAAGAGGUUAGCUACAAGUGGGGCAAAUUUUGCAAGAGCAUACACUGUUCAAUUUGGGACUUGCAAGUUCCCUGAAAACUUCACUGGUUGCCAAGAUCUAGCCAAGCAAAAGAAAGUGCCUUUUAUUAGUGAUGAUUUGGAACUUGAAUGUGAAGGAAAGGACAAAUACAACUGUGGUUCUAAUGUUUUCUGGAAAUGGUGAAAGGGACAACAUUUUCAUGUGCCAAACUUGUUUAGUGUUUACAACACCUUAUUUUUCUGUUCUGCUUUUAUGAUCAUUAGCAUUGGCUGUAAAAAAAUAAAUUAGAUUCGGUACCUUCAGUUCCCUUGAAAUUGCAUCAACCUUCUCUAAAUAUACUAACUAGUCGCUUGUAUCA